AUAAAGGUAAGAUUCUGACUGGCUAGCUCUCCAAUUGGACGUCGGUGUGUUGCUAUGGCAACUGUAAACCGUCUAGGCUCUGUGGUAAAAGACUCUGUGUUUCUUUAGCUCCACAUCAAGAAGUUCCUGUUUGUAUUUGUGCCUUUAAUCGGUGCUGUGAGGCGAAUGGACCGUUGGUGUACAGAAAGGCCGGGCCUCGCUCAGACCUCAGCGGCCAUCGGUCACGCUUAUGUACAGCCGGCGCCCUUCCUCGCCGAGAGCUGUAAGGAUGCCCCUUUCCCCCCUCUUCUCCAGCGGCAGAGCCGGACACCUGGACACAUACAUUAUAAUCUCACCUCCCACACAGAACAUGACCACAAACCCAUCAAGGGGCCACUGGAAAACCUCAUCUACUGUAAAGCCUCUCCUCACUGGAACACGCACUUCCUGAACGAACUGGCUCAGAGGCUCCGAGAUUGCCAAUCUAUCAGGCUUGUUUCUAAGCCUGUCAGUGAGAUGCAGGACCGCUACAGGGGUCAUUUAGCACCAGAUGAGCCUCUAGUGGACCACUACAGGACCCUGGUGGCGCUGUAUGGACAGCUUGAUCGGGCUCCAGUCCCUCUGACCAAAGAGCCGCUGCUCAGCACAGCGCAGGCGGUCCACAGGCGCUUCAGCAGAUCUGAGUUGGCUCAUCCAUCUGCCCUGAAUGCUCCGGCCAUUCAGGGAACCCUGACCAAGAGUGCGGCUCUCAGCCGCCUCCCCCCUCACAAGGCUCUGCCCAACAUGUCCUCUCAGCUGCAGCUGCCCCGCCCAUGCGUUGCCUUGCCUCACGGUGGUAGAACCAGUCUGUAUACAGAUAGUUUUACUGUACCUGCCUAUCUACCCAAAUUAUCCACUAGUGCUGCUGAUCACGAUACAGCAAAAAGCAGAAAUGAGGGGAGCAGGGGUUUAAGGCAGCACGUCAUGGAAGUGCCCAAAAUGUAUGGCACAGAGAACCAGACCUAUGGGAAAGGAAAGAUGGUGCUAGUGUGAGAAGGAAGAGGAAAUAGGUUCAUAGAUGAGGAUGUAGUUGGUGUCAUGCGGCAUGACAUUAUAAGAACUCUGGGUCUAAAGUGGAAAAAAUUAAUGACAUUCUUGAAAAACGCAGAAAAACUGCAAAAAGGUGCGUUUUCCCCUGAAUGUCACUAGAUUCUCUGAACUACAGUCUUAAAAACAAUGGUUCUUCAAGAGUCCUUUAGUAAAGAAAAUAGUUCUACAUAGACCCAUGAAUCCUCAAAGAACCGUUCGCAUGAUUAAAGGGUUUUUUGCAUCGUGAAAGGGUUCUUUAGAGUGAUGGAGAAUGUGUUGUAUAUGGUCCUUUUUGAAAAGAGUUCUAUAUAGCACUAAAAAUUGUUCUAUUAUUGUUACAUGCUUGACAUUGUAGAAGAAUCUUUUUUGGUGCUAAAUAGAACCCUUUUCAAAAAGGUUCUAUAUAAAACCAUAUACAACACAUUCCCUGUCAACCUGAAGAA